CUCGUCGCGAGAACGCCCAUAUCCUUUGAUCAUUCUUGUUUCCUUGUUGAGAGGUGCAAUUAUGGCUUCUGAUGGUCCCAAAGAUUUGCCUGUUCGGGCUGCCGCUGAGGCUAAACCGGCCAGCGGCGACACGCUCCCCGACUUCAUUAUUGAGCGGAACAAGCUGUUUGAGGAGUUAUGGCAGGAGCAUCUGGAGGAGGUGAAGAACAGGCCUCACCCUGAAAUCAAUGUCACCCUUCAACUCGGCGAUGGAAAUACUACCACGAUUCCCUCGAAGGCUUGGGAAACCACACCAGCGCAGCUACUGAAACACGUCCCAAAGGAGAUCAGCGCGGAUAUUGUUAUUGCAAAGGUUGAUGGACAGCUCUGGGAUCUAGGCCGCCCAUUGGAGGGAGAAUGCACAGUGUCGUAUGUUCCUUUCAGCGAUCCUGAGGGAAGGGAAGUUUUCUGGCAUUCGAGCGCACACUGUCUAGGUGAAGCUUGCGAAUGCGAGUACGGGUGUAUGCUCUCCCACGGGCCGCCUACUCCACAAGGUUUCUUCUACGAUAUGGCUAUGCCUGAUAACCGUGUCGUAAAAGAGUCCGACUGGAAGACCCUCGACAACAGGGCCAACAAGAUUUUCAAAGAGAAGCAGAGUUUCGACCGAUUGGAAGUCACCAAGGAGAAUCUCCGGAAGAUGUUUGCGUACAGCAAGUACAAGCUGCACUACAUCGACAAACUUGUCACUGGGGAGAAGAGCACCGUUUACCGAUGUGGUACUCUGGUUGAUCUCUGCAGGGGUCCCCAUAUCCAGAGCACCGGAAAGGUCAAGACCUUCAAGAUCAUGCAGAACUCCUCUGCCUACUUCCUCGGUGACCAGAACAACGACUCUCUACAACGAAUUCGUGGUGUCGCGUUCCCCGACAAGAAACAGAUGGCGGAGCACCUCAAAUUUCUUGAGGAGGCUGAAAAGCGCAACCACCUGAGAAUCGCUAAGGAGCAAGAACUUUUCUUUUUCGAUGACGUGUCGCCUGGAUGCCCGUUCCUUCUUCCCAACGGUGUCAGGAUUUUCAACGCCCUCCAGUCCCUCCUGCGUUCCGAGUACCGCAAGCGAGGAUACCAAGAAGUCCAGACGCCCAACAUGUACGACGUCGGCAUUUGGAAGACCUCCGGUCAUUGGGCUCACUACAAGGAUGACAUGUUCAAACUUGAUGUUGAAAAGAGAGAAUGGGCUCUCAAGCCUAUGAACUGCCCGGGUCACUUUGUGCUAUUCGGCCACCGCGAGCGAAGCUACCGAGAGCUUCCGCUGCGAAUCGCGGACUUUGGUGUUUUGCACAGGAACGAGGCGUCUGGUGCUCUUCACGGUCUCACCCGUGUUCGAAAGUUCCAGCAAGACGAUACCCACAUCUUCUGUACCCACGAUCAGAUUGAAUCCGAAAUCGAAGGACUCUUUGACUUCCUGCAGUCCAUAUAUGGACUGUUCGGCUUCACCUUUAAGCUCAAGCUUUCCACUCGUCCUGAAAAGUAUCUGGGUGAGCUUGAGACGUGGAACUACGCCGAAGAGCAGCUCAAGAAGGCCAUGACCAAGUUCAAGGGCGACGACUGGACUAUUGACGAAGGAGAUGGUGCUUUCUAUGGUCCUAAGAUUGACAUUACGAUUGCUGAUGCUCUCAAGAGAGAGUUCCAGUGUGCCACCAUCCAACUCGAUUACCAGGCACCCCUUAACUUCAAGCUCGAGUACAUGACUGGCGAAAAGACCCAGGCUACCCAGGAGGAAGCGAAGAAGGAGGCUGACCCCAAGUCCAACGAGCCCGCACCCGGCCGUGCCCGCCCCGUUGUCAUUCACCGCGCGAUCAUUGGCAGUUUCGAGCGGUUUUUGGGUAUCAUCACCGAGCACUUUGGCGGCAAGUGGCCGUUCUGGAUCAGCCCGCGUCAGGUCCUGAUUGUACCUGUUAUGCCGGCUGUCAAUGACUAUGCACGGGAGGUCCAGAAGAUCUUGCAAAAUGACAAGCUCUAUGUCGAUGUUGAUGUCACUGGAAACACGCUGCAGAAGAAGAUCCGCACCGGCCAGUUGGCGCAGUACAACUUCAUCCUCGUUGUUGGUGCCGAAGAGAAGGAGUCUCGUUCUGUCAAUAUCCGCAACCGUGACGACACAUCGUCUCAAAGCCGAGGUGUCGUUGUUCCUCUUGAGGAAGCCCGGCAGAAGUUCCGAGCUCUCCGCAAGGAACGCAGACUGCUCAACACCCUCUAACCACAUUACAGCUGUGGUACUGUCUACGGUAUACGAUUCCUAUGUGCUGGUGUUUAUAUGGUGUCGAAAAGUGAGAAGGUAUGAAGCUAUUACAGAUAUUUUACAAAUAAAUACAGCGUAUGCAUCAA